AUUCAAGGUCUUUUUCUUUACGCCUUUAGCUUUGAAUGCUUCUACUUGACACUAGUUAGCUGGUUUGUUAAUGUUAACAUAAUUUCUAUGUAUCUUUCAUAUAUCAUAACUUAAUUAGAAAUUGUAUUUUUGACUUGUACUUAUGACUCAUGAUACCACUAAUUAUCAUUCUUGUUUUUGUCAAAUGAAGAAUUUAAGCGAGACAUAUAUGGCAAAUAGGAAAAAGCAGAAGAUGUUAGCAUGUGUAGGAACAAAGUCUAUUCCAAGAAUCGCACAUAAAAUGCGCAACAUUCCACCUCCAGAAGAAAAUGAUGAACUAAUCCUACCAGAAUAUGUGAGACUUUUUGAGAAACAAAAAAAUAAAAAGAAUAGUAAUUGGGUAGAUGAUGAAGCUGAAAAAGCAUAUGAAAAGCUCUUGGGUUUACAUAACGAACAACUAGAAAAACAUGGUGUAGAUAACCUUUCAACACCAGAGGCUUACACGAUCAUUUUAGGUCAUAAAUCAGGGUAUCAAAGAGGGAUAGGCCAAGGACCUCCACCUUUUACAGGUGUAAAUGCUGGUGAGAAAUAUCAGUGCAGUGACAUUGUCGAUGAAAAUGCUAUAAAUGCUCGAAUUGAGGCUCAAGUUGAACAAAAAAUUGUUGAGUUUUCAGCUAAAAAAGAAGUAAAGUUCGAUAAAAGGUUACGAGCUGAAUUAGAUGCAUACUCUAGAGAAAAAGAAGUGGAACUUCGAAAGAAAAUUUAAGAGGAGUUAGAAAGUAAGUUGCGUAAUAAGCUGCAACGAGAUAUGCAAAAGCAAUUGCGCGAAUGUUUGAAAAAGAGUUUUCCAACAGGAUACCUGCUCAAACUGUUGUAAGUUUUACCUUGUUAUCUGUUCAAUUUUUUCUAUUUUAUAUAAUUUAAUCUAUACUUGUUCCAUUGUAGCUAGAAUGUAUCUUGAAUUUUACAGGAUUCAUACCCACCUUCAGUACUUGCUGAGACACAUAUAUGUGAAAGGUUUUUAAGCCUUUCACAUAUUAUAUUUUCUAUUUAUUUUGACAUUAUUGUAAAUGUCCUUUUAUUAAUAUUUACUAUUAAAUAUAGUUAUUGCCAACUUUUAA